UUUUGUGUUUAUAAAAAAAACCCAAAGUAUCACUUUCGUUCGUUCGUUCCUUCGUUCCUUCAUUCUUUCUUUCUCUUUUCCAUUUUCGUAUCCACCGACGUCAUCGAUCUAUCCCCCCACGCUCCAUCUCUACCAGAGACUUCCGUCGAUUCAUACAUCCUUCCCUUCUUCUCUCCUUCCGAUUCCGUAUUCCAGUUUCGUUCCUUUUGUGAUUACUCUCAAAACCCCUAUAAAAUAUUUUGUUCCUUUUAUUCGAUCGCUCUUGAAUCUUGAUUUUUUUUUUUUGUUUCUGGGUUUUCUCAAAUUUCAAUACUUUGAUUUGAUUCCUUGUAAGCUUUUUGUAUAAAGCAAAGAUCUUUUUGUUGUUUUGGUUUUGGGGAUCUUUGUAUUGUUGAUGGGCACAACUAGGGUUUGCGGGGAGGUUUCUUCUAGAUCUUCGAAAUCGCUUAGCCAGUCUCUCACGGUGUCGACUUCUACCACGGAAACCGUUAAUGGCGUCCAUGAAUUCAAGAUCUGUGGCUAUUCUCUCGCCAAAGGCGUUGGUGUCGGCAAAUACGUCGCUUCCGAAACGUUUAUGAUCGGUGGUUACUCGUGGGCUAUCUACUUUUAUCCUGAUGGGAAGAGUCCUGAGGAUAACUCGUCUUACGUUUCUUUGUUCAUAGCACUCGCUAGCGAAGGAGCUGAUGUCAGGGCUCUCUUUGAGCUCACGCUUGUCGAUCAGAGUGGUAAUGGGAAGCAUAAGGUUCAUAGCCAUUUUGGUAGAGCUCUCGAAAGCGGUCCUUAUACUCUCAAGUAUCGUGGAAGCAUGUGGGGAUACAAGCGGUUUUUCAGGAGGUCCAGUCUAGAAUCGUCGGAUUAUUUGAAGGAGAAUAGUCUCUUGGUUAGGUGCCGUGUGGGUGUAGUGAAGUCAGUUACGGAGGGACCAAGGUGUUACAAUAUACCUGUGCCUGUCUCUAACUUGGGACAACAGUUGGGAAAUCUUCUGGAAAGUGGGAAAGGCUGUGAUGUUAUUUUCCAAGUUGACGGAGAAACAUACAACGCACACAAAUUGGUUCUUGCAACGCGUUCCCCUGUUUUCAAGGCACAGCUUUUUGGCCCGUUAGGAAACCCAAAUACCAAAUGCAUAAUGAUAGAAGACAUGGAAGCACCCAUUUUCAAGGCGUUGCUCCAUUUUAUCUACUGGGACGAAUUGCCUGAUAUGCAAGAGUUAAUGGGCGCUGACACUACAUUGGCUUCUACUCUUGUGGCUCAGCAUCUGCUUGCAGCGGCAGACCGUUAUGCUCUUGAACGGCUUAAAGCAAUCUGUGAGUUAAAACUCUGUGAAGGGAUCGCCAUAAACACGGUUGCAACUACCUUGGCCCUAGCGGAGCAGCAUCAUUGUUUCCAACUAAAAGCAGUGUGUCUCAAAUUCGUGGCAUUGCCAGAGAAUCUGAAAGCUGUGAUGCAUACAGAUGGGUUUGAUUAUCUGAAAAAGAGUUGUCCAUCUUUACUAACUGAGAUAUUGGAGUAUGUGGCAAGGCUUAGUGAACACUCUGUUAUAGCUUCUGGGCAUCGAAAAGAAAUAUUUGCUGAUGGUUGUGAUGCGAACGGAAGACGAGUGAAGCCUCGGUUGCACUAAACGGAAGAGAUUGAAGAAAGAUCUGUGCAUUGUAUAAUCUCUCUAUUAAGGAUAAUAUGGCUGAUCUAAUCCGAUCCAGCAAGUACUAUGAAUUUUUUCAAUGUUUUCUCAUAAAUCAAAGAUCCAAUGAAAUUUGGGGUUUAAUC